AAUAAUUCGUAACUGAAAACAUAAGAAGUAAAUAGAAGAGGGUUAGGGUUUAUCGUUUCUGAAAGCUCUUCGUUAUCAUUAUUUAUUCUUCAUCUUGUUGUUCUCACAGCUUGAAGCCUCCUUCAAUUUCGAAACCGAACUAAACAGGGAAGUAAUUUAUUUACCGGCGUGCUUAGAAGCCAAGAUGAGUGAUUCCAAGGAGAAGGAGAAUGAGGAGAGUGGACAAGAAGACGUGGCGGCCACCAUGGAGGUUGCUUUGCCCAAUCCCAAUGCACAAGUUGAUGAACAUGAACAUGAGCAUGAACAUGAGCCCCAUGACUCUCGUGCUCCUCCUCAUUCUGUGCCACUGGAUGAAACCCCGAUUCCGGCUCUAAAUGGGACUGCAUCUUCCCUUAUCGAUAACAAUAUCACACAAUCGCAGUCCAAUCCAGACCAACCAACUCAAGAUUCUCCUCCCUCCUCGGGCCCUUUAAAUGGUGACCAAGAUUUAGUCAAACCCGAUACUCGAUCCACCUCCGAUGUCAAGACUGAAGACAUUGAAUUGCCGCAGAGUAAUACAGACGGUGACCACAACACCACCACCACAUGUCAUCUUGAGACUGCUGAACCAGCUGUUGCUGUUGCCAAAACUGAAGCUUGUCAAGUGCAUGAUACGAAGACUGCCGGCAAUUCUGACACCCUACCCUCAACUACAAGUCAUAAUGAACCUAAUACACCUUGUGCUCGACCUUCUGAUAUAAAACCUCAAAUUCAGAAUGGGAGCGAUUCCAGUAUUAAGGUGAAUGAUGCUAGAGAAUGCAGUGUUAAGGUGAAUGAAAAAGAUGUUACUACGCCUGUAAAUAAUGGAAACUCGAACCUAAAGCACUCGUUUCUUUUGGAUGAGGACCAUAUGUCUGAAGGUUCUGAAUCCGGAACAGAAGAAGAGCAAUCGGCUUUCAUGAAGGAGCUGGAAAAUUUCUUUAGGGAGAGGAGCAUGGAAUUCAAGCCUCCUAAGUUUUAUGGGGAGGGUCUGAAUUGCCUUAAGUUGUGGAGAGCGGUGACUAGAUUGGGUGGCUAUGAUAAGGUGACUUCUUGUAAGUUGUGGCGACAAGUGGGAGAGUCUUUCAAACCCCCAAAAACAUGCACUACAGUUUCGUGGACAUUCCGAGGUUUUUAUGAGAAGGCACUCCUUGAUUAUGAAAGGCAUAAAGCACACGGUGGUGAGCUUAAUGUACCUAUUGCUUCCCACGCAGAGCCUAUGAAUAUUGAAAAUCAGCAGGCUUCAGGAUCAGGUAGAGCACGUAGGGAUGCUGCUGCACGUGCUAUGCAGGGUUGGCACUCACAACGUCUUCUUGGUAAUGGUGAAGUUAGUGACCCAAUAAUUAAGGAUAAGAAUCCUAUUUCAAUGCAAAAGCGUGAAAAGCAGCUUAAGAACAUUGGUUUACUUAAACGGAAGAAACCUUCUUACGUGGAACAUACGGUCAAAGCUGCCCGUACCAAAGCAUCUAAACCACAACUUGACACAGCAGUGGUUGAUAUUGGGCCCCCAGCUGAUUGGGUAAAGAUCAACGUGCAGAAAACUAAAGAUUGUUUUGAGGUCUAUGCUUUGGUUCCAGGCCUUCUCCGUGAGGAGGUGCGUGUUCAAUCAGAUCCAGCGGGACGACUUGUUAUUAGCGGCGAACCAGAGCAUGCUGAUAACCCAUGGGGUGUCACGCCCUUCAAGAAGAUCGUGAGCUUACCGUCAAGAAUUGACCCACACCAGACAUCAGCUGUGGUAACUCUGCAUGGACAGUUGUUUGUUCGUGUCCCAUUUGAGCAGUCAGAGUAGUGGCGAUUGUGUUAAAGUAGCUGGAACUGAGGCCGCCAUUUAGCGGGAAGUCUAGACUCUCUACCCAACCAUAGCGCCCAAGUUUUUGUAUUGUCAAGUUUAAUGUCUCAACUCCCGUGUAUCUUAGUUUUUUACCGUGUUAGUGCAGUUUGACAAUGGAAUCAUCCGAUGAUUCCAUCGAGUGUUUGGGUGGGUGCGUGUUAAGUGGAAACUGUUUCAGUUAGGUAGAUUGCGCUUCCAUGGGAAAUGACGAGCUCACAUAUUAAAAGAAUUGAGAGUUAACAAUUGAACUCUUUAUUUCUGUAGGCUACGAUUGUAAGCCUCUAAAUUAAUUGACUAAUAUUUAACUUAA